ACGAUCUCACUGGGCACAGUCGCCCCUCCCUCAUAAGAUAAAGAAUAUUUCGGCCGUUCUGCUGAGGUCUCGGAGGACACUAUCGCCAACAUGUUAGGUGACCAGAGAGAACUGGUCUCCUUCCUCCCACCAAUCAGCAGCCGCCCCGACUUGGCGCACAGUGAGCCCGACGUGGUCCGAUGCUCCGCAUCCUCGUCCGCCAAGCCCCGCCCCCAGCCAACCAAGAGCCAGUCCUUCAACGUGGGCGAGGACAGCUCCGUCACGGACGCCUCCAAGCGGCGACUGAGUCAGGGAGAUGACCCUUACUGGCUGCCCCAGAGGAGCCGGCAGGCUGGAAAAUGCCUGUGGAGAUUUUCUCGUCGAAGAAAGAAAACCACAAACAGCACAAGUCGAAACGCCUCCGCUCCUACUACAAGGCACAGGCAGAGCUGAUCACAGCCUACGAGGACAUUUCCCUCAAUGUAGAGGUGGACAUCUCACAAAAUGACCCACAGGUGCAUUACAAGAAGGCAGUGCUCUUUUCGAAGCUGACCUUCUUCAUCAACUUCCUGCUGAUGGUGGCCAAGGCGGUGGCGAGCGCUCUGUCCGGCUCCAUUGCCAUCAUCUCCAGCCUGGUGGACUCCUCCCUGGAUCUGUUCAGCGGGGUCAUCAUGUGGUGGGCCACACGGGCCAUGAAGCAGCGCGACCCUUACACCUACCCUCAAGGUCGCACCAAGCUGGAGCCUGUGGCGGUCAUCAUCCUGUCGGUGGUGAUGGCGUUGGCGUCGCUGCAGCUGAUCCGCGAGGCCGUGGAGAAACUGAUCAGCCUGACGGGGAUGGACAGCUCUCUUCCCAUUGUGGACGCAGUCACUUUUGCCAUUGCAGGCAGCACUGUGGUGGUGAAGCUGGUGUUGUGGAUUGUGUGCCGGAAGGUGAAGUCUUCCGUGGUCCGGGCUCUGGCUCAAGACCACCGCAACGACGUCGUCUCCAACACUGCUGCCAUCAUCUGUGGCUACCUUGGCUCACGCAACUUCAACGCGGAGACGGGACUCUACGGUUUUGCGUACGUUGACCCAAUCGGCGCCAUAGCCAUCAGUAUUUACAUUGUGAUCAACUGGUGGCAGACGGGCUCCGAGCAGAUCAAGAUGCUCACGGGACACACAGCCAGACCAGAUUUCCUCAGCAAGCUGACGUGGGUCUGCGUUAACCACCAUGCCAAGAUCCGGCACAUCGACACAGUGCGGGCGUUCCACUUUGGCAACAACUUCCUGGUGGAGGUAGACAUUGUGCUCCCCGCUGACAUGCGUUUGGAGGAAGCUCACGACAUUGGGGAGAGUUUGCAGCAUCGGCUAGAGUCCCUGGACGAGGUGGAAAGGUCGUUUGUGCACCUGGAUUACGAGUUCUCCCACGACCCUCGCUCUGAACACAAGAUUGUCUGAGGCAGAGGGGAUUCACAAGUGACACUAGUAUGUUGUGACUUCAAAAGUCAUACCUAGCGGAGGAGAGGAUUGAUUCGAAGAUCUUACGAUUGCCAGUCCAGUGCCCCUAUAUUAUGGUCGCUGAAUGUAAUCUGAAUUCAUGAUUAUGAUGAAGGGAAGGAGGGGGAAGAGGAAGAUUAUAGCAAAGACAUGGAUGAUUUUAGGGGUGUGGUGCUGUGUACAGCUCGCAGUCAGACCUGCUAUUGGUCAAUAUAUUGUCUAAAUAGCUACAAGUAUAUGGUGCUGUGUGUGGCUCUUGCUGUCAGUGUUUAUGUGUACUUCACACUGUUGCAGCUUUAUAGUGCACAUUGUCGCCAUGACAUAAGAUAGUGUGCAUAGAAAACACAUAAUCUUAUACAUUCAUCCUAUUAUGAGGAUUUCAAAGCUGUGGCUUUCUGAACCAAGACCUUAUUUUCACCCAAAGACUGCAUAAUUGACCUAUGCUAUUAUAGUGUGGCCUCUGAUGAGCCAAGCAAUUUACCGACAGGCCAGUUAAAGUGGCAUGUAUACUUUUAAUGAAAAAUACCUAUGUGUGGAUAUGAUGUGCUUCACGAUGCAGAUUUGCUUCCUGUCCUGUGUGUCCAGCAUAAGGCAUACAAAUCAUCUAAGGUCGGGAGAAUGUCAGUAUACAACACAUGAGUGCAAGAAGAGCUGACGCCCUCCGCCAUAAUCAGCACCCUAACCACUGUUAUUGCUUACAAAAUAGAUCACCUGUGAUGACCAUAUUGUUGGCAAGCUAUUCUACUGUUUCAAGCCCAGAGAGCUAAAUUUUUUCAGAGAGAGAUAAAAAUAUUUUAGAAAUUUUUAACAAAUUGUUAUAUAUAUUUUUGUAAUUCAUCUUUUCUAGCUUUUUUCGACAUAAUAUAGAAACAUUUUUGAAUUUCAACCAAAUAUUUUGGGAGUACAUGUAGCUGAUACCAUAGAUUAAGAAACUGCAAUAAAAUAAAACCCAAUUCAAAA